UGAUAUCGAAUAUAAAUAUAAAAUAUAUAUACACAUAAAAUACAAACCAGAGCUAGAGAGAGAGAGAGAGAACCAAAUCUUACAAGAUUACGUAAAUGGCGGAUUCGAGUGAUUCAGUGUCCGUCGAUAUGGACGGAUUUUCUCUAGGCGGAAAGGAGCAUCUUAUAAAAACUUGUCAUGGUGUUGUGUCCGUUACUGUGAUUGGAGACCAGGACAAACCAGCUCUUGUUACUUAUCCCGAUUUAGCUGUAAAUUAUGUGUCCUGCUUCCAAGGUUUAUUCUUUUGUCCAGAAGCAUGUUCUUUGUUGCUCCAUAACUUUUGCAUAUAUCAUAUUAGUCCUCCCGGCCAUGAGUUGGGAGCUGAAACAAUUAGUUUUGAUGAUCCUUUGCUUUCUGCUGAUGACUUGGUGGAUCAGAUCGCUGAUGUUCUUAAUUAUUUCGGACUUGGAGCUGUGAUGUGUAUGGGUGUUACAGCUGGAGCUUACAUCAUCACCCUAUUUGCUUUGAAGUACAGACAUCGAGUCCUAGGUUUGAUUCUCAUAUCUCCAUUAUGUAAAGCACCCUCUUGGACAGAAUGGUUGCUAAAUAAGGUAAUGUCAAAUUUACUUUACUACUAUGGCAUGUGUGGAGUCGUAAAGGAGUUAUUGCUCAAGCGGUACUUUAGCAAGGACAUCCGUGGCUGUGCUCAAGUGCCAGAGUCGGAUGUCGUUCAGGCUUGCAGAAGAUCGCUCGAGGAGAGGCAAAGUUCAAAUGUUUGGCGGUUACUCGAAGCACUUAACGGGAGACCAGACAUUACAGAAGGCUUGCGAAAACUACAGUGUCGCUCACUAAUUUUCGUUGGUGAUAACUCUCCAUUUCAUGCCGAGGCACUUUACAUGACAUCGAAGCUAGACAGACGGUUUAGCGCAUUGGUCGAGGUUCAGGCGUGCGGGUCGAUGGUGACAGAGGAGCAGCCUCACGCGAUGUUGAUACCAUUGGAGUAUUUCCUCAUGGGAUAUGGCUUGUACAAGCCUUCUUCUCAGUCGAAUGUCAGCCCGAGGAGCCCGUUGAGCCCCUUGUGUAUUUCUCCAGAGCUUCUUUCCCCUGAAAGCAUGGGAUUGAAGCUGAAACCGAUCAAAACUCGCAUUUCGCUGCAAGUUUGAUUGAGUGAGUUUGGCGAGCUCGGUUUUUGCAAUCUGUAAGUUGAUAAGAGCUUUGUAUAUCCUGAUUUGUUGAGAAUGAUAUUAUUAGGGAGUUUGUAGAUAUGAAAGAGAAAGGAAGAUACAAGGAGGAGGGAGAAAGGAAAGGAAAGGUAUUAGAAGAAAACAAAGCCAAAUAUUUUAAUUCUUUCAUUUGUAACCAUUAUAUAAAUGUUAGCUGUGAGGUGAGGGGAGCUUUGUUUGUAAAAAUCCUUGGAAGGAACUAUUUUAUAACAGUGACAAAGUAAAGAAUAAUAAUAAUAAUAAUGACAAUAAUAAUAACAAGAGAAUGUAAGCAUUCUCAUGUUUAUUAUUAUAAUA